CAGGGACGGGGUCGCACAGAGUCGGACACUACUGAAGCGACUUAGCAGCAGCAGCAGGGUGUUGCUGACUCUAGUCCUUGGACGCUCUAAUUGGUAGAAAUAGGUUUAUGAUCUGUCAACAUGCCUAACAAAUCACCUGUGAUUGGUAAAUCUGGAGUAGUAUCUCCCUCUUAUGAAAAAUCAAAGUCACCAUUUUCAAUCACAAAAGAAUUCAUCUUGAGAUUCAAUCAAACAAAAAAUCCAAAAGAGGAGGAAAAACUAUUGGACAUAGCUAGAAAAAACAUUAUCAAAUGUAAGAGAAAACUGGGUCUCAGGACCUUAGGGAUGGGGAGGCAUGUGCACCUUCCUGCUGCAUGGACCGAAGUGGUGUACCUGGCUCAGUGCAGAGGAGAAAUCCAGGAUGAAGCUUUAAAUAUGCUCUAUGCUUCCCUGGACCAUGCUUCCUUUGAUUGCGAUCAUCUGCCUGCCUUAUUUUUUGUUGCGGAAUCAGUUUUGUACAGACUCUGCUGUGAUGCAUUCCGAAAGGCAUACUUAUACUCAAUUGAAAUCCAGCUGGCAAAGAUUGGCUAUUUGGUCUUCUUACGACUUUUUAUACAUUUCCUUCAUGGUCACCUGGAAAAUUUUAAACAACAUUUACUUAGGCUUCAACCAUAUUUAUACGCACUUUCUUGCUCCAAAGAAUUAUAUUGCAAGUAUCCAAACAUCUCUUUGAAUGUGCAGUGCAUUCUGAAAAUCAUGGAAAUUAUAUGUAACAGAGAACUCCCUUCUGAAUCAAUUUUUAGCCCUGUGAAAGGCAAGAUUACAGAUUCUGGAAUGGAAGAUUUGCAACUUAAUCAGAAAAGAUAUGAAAUUAGCCACCUGCUCUGGCACUGUGUUUCUGCCUGGACUUGUGUUCAGAAGAACAGUCCCCAGUUAAAUAAGGUGCUUGAACAUCUCAUCUCUCAUAAAACACAGUUUCAAAAGAAAUCCUGGUUGGAUUUAGCCUUGGCUUUGUUGGUCCUUGGGGAGGCUGCCAGAUUAAACAUAGAUUGUUUGAAAGCUUUCAUGGACCUAAUGAGAGAUUUUCUGUUAAGCAUUACGCCUGUUCAAAAUCGGGAUAAAAGCUGCGAGGUAGAUGACUUUUCCUGGGCCCAGAAUGUAGUCUCCAUAUACAUAAAAAUUCUUGCAGAAAUCUGCUUAUAUGCAACCAAUUCUGUUUUGAGAAAGACUGCUUUAAUUGGUUUCUGUGACUGUAAAAGCUCACAGAAAGAUAUUUUACUUGUGGACAAAUCACAAGAAGAGCCAGAAUUGAGGGAAACGAGUAUUUCGGGUCUUUUGGAAUAUUUCUCUUCAGAAACAUCAGAUUGUUAUGAUCAGGUGAAAUGGACUGGACGCUAUGGCCUAGUGUACAACCUGGUGAAAAUGUCGUGGGAACUCCGGGGAGAUAAAGAGCAGGAUGGUCUUAGGAACAAAAUAUGGCAAAUGUUACAGAAAACCAAGGACCAUGAGAAAGAUACACGAAUCUGUAAUGCAGUUAAUAUUGCUCAGGCGGAGAUAAAUGACCCAACUGAUCCUUUCACAGGUUAUCGUACAAAAGUGUCAUCAAAUACAGGGGAUGAAAGUUUCUCCAAAUAUAUAGGCUGGAGAAUUGCCAGCGUGCUUUCCAAACUGUUCUUCCCUUCCGUGGAUGCCUGUCUUCUUCCUCUGAAAAAACCACUGAAACGGUAUCAAAGGAAAGAUAUGAACAAAACGCAGGAUUCCAUGAAGAAGACAGUCCUACGUUUUACUGUAAGGGAAUAUUCUUCUGCGGCAGAGGCUCCUUUGUUUCCAUAUCCAGAUUUCUUCACCAGGGCGGACAGAGAGUUGGCAAGAAUCAUCGACCAUCACUGGCAGGAAGAGCAAAAGAUGCGGCAGAAGGAAGACGCGAUAUGUGAGGCUGAAGAACGGAAAGAUAAGGAGUUACAGGAGCAAAAUCGCUUCAGAGAAAUAAUGAAGAGAAGAGAAGAGAAGCUACACAAGCAAACCAAACCUUAUGAGCUUCCCCCUAGGGCUGAAGAAGUUUCCUUAGAAAAGAAAAUGACCCCUACAACUGAGGUCCAUAUGCCAGAAAUUCGUUACAUGAAAGAGGCCAGGAAAGCUACAGGUCAGGAAAAAAUUCGUAAUUAAAUGUAAUUUCUUAGAAAGGAGUUUAUCUUGGUGCAGGUUCUUUAAUAGUCAUAGCUUAGUCCUAAAAGAACAGUUAGCACUUAAUCACAUUUGUGUGACCUGUACUACUAGUUAAAUGUUUUCAAGAAUGCGGCUAGAGCUAAGUGACUCUUAUCUCGUGAUCAUACACAUAAUGAUUCUCAGAGUGUUGAAAUUCACUGAAGAGUUACAUAGACACGAUUAUUGCAUAUAAUGAUUAUGCAAAUUAUUAAUGAGUCACAAAUAAGAACUAUUUCUUAAAAUGGGAUGGACAUCAAUCAGUACUCCUAUCAUAACUGUUACACUAAUAAAACAUGUAAGUCCCC